GUCGCAGCACUGCACUGUAAUUUGUGUUGGUGAUGACAGCGUCUCAGGCUCAUUUCAACUUCUCGUGGAGACUGACUAACUCUGUCUAGAAAGUCCAGAAGUCACGUUGUUGGAUUGUUGUACUUGCUUGGCUUUGUGUGCUGUUACCAUGAAGAGAUGGAGGUUCGGAUUACUGAUGGUUUGUGUUUUCCUGUUACACAUCCGGGGCUUCCAGCAAGAGGAAAAUCAAGCCGGCUGUAGCACAACUCCCAAUGACCUUGCGUUCAUCAUCGAUGGCUCCUCAAGCUUGGGGGUCCCCAACUUUGAAACAGCCAAGCGCUGGCUCAUCAACAUCACCAAAGGCUUUGACGUGAGCACCAGACACACUCAGGUGGCCGUCGUCCAAUACAGCGACACGCCUCGACUGGAGAUUCCUCUGGGAAAACACCAGAACAGCCAGGAUCACAUCCAGGCCAUCUAUUCUAUCCCGUACCUGGGGGGCAACACGCGGACAGGACGUGCCAUCAAGUUCGCCACGGAUCACGUCUUCGGGAUGCCCAACCACACCUCACCGUUCGCCAGAAACCGCAUUGCCGUGGUUCUCACCGAUGGGCGUUCGCAGGAUGAUGUCGAGGAUGCUGCCAUGGAGGCCAGAGCUCAGAACAUUGUGUUGUUUGCGGUCGGGGUGGGAAAUGAGAUCACCAGAGCUGAGCUGGUGUCCAUGGCUAACAAACCGGCCUCUACUUACGUGCUGCACGUGGAGGACUACAAGUCCAUCUCAAGCAUAUGGGAUCUGAUGGAGCAGAAGCUGUGUGAGGAGUCUGUGUGUCCGAGUCGGAUCUCCGGGACGGUGAACGAACAGAAGGGUUUUGAUCUGAUGAGUCUGAUGAACAUCGAGCAGAUGGCUCAGACCGUUCAGGGUUCUUUGAGAUCAGAGAGAGCCUCAAUGCUCAGCCCUCGCCUGGACAUCACACUCAACACCAGAGAGAUAUUUCCAGAAGGCCUUCCGCCAGCCUAUGUGUUUGUAGCCACUCUUCGUUUGAAGAGCCCAGCUCACCGGCUGAAGUUUGACCUCACGAGGGUGUUGUCUCAGGAAGGGGUCAGACAGAUGGCUGUGACUGUGAAUGGAGCAGACAAAUCGGUCACCUUUACCUGCACCAGCACUCUGAAGAAAGAGCAGACCAUCAUAUUUAAUGACCGAGGGAUCAAGAAGCUCUUUGACACGAACUGGCACCAGCUGAAGUUCCUGGUGAGGCCCAAGCGCAUCACAUGCUUCGUCGAUGGCGCAUACGUGGAAGAACAACUUCUAGAUCCAGUGGUGCCCAUCUACAUCGACGGGAAGACUCAGGUGGCCAAGAAAGUCAAUAUCGAGACAACAGUCCCCAUUCUUCUCCAGAAGUUACGGGUUUACUGUGAUCCCAUGCAGAGCGAGCGCGAGACAGCAUGUGAAAUUUCUUCUGUGGACGAUGAGAGGUGUCCUUUGGAUCGCUCGCCUUCUGUAGAUGGUUGUGAAUGUCCCAGUGGUAAACCAGGCCUGCCCGGUUUACCAGGACCGAUGGGCUUCAGAGGAGAGAAAGGCAGAGAAGGGCCACCUGGUCCUGAUGGUAAACCUGGGAAGCAAGGAGAGAAGGGAGCAACCGGAGAGCCGGGUCGAGAGGGACAAAAAGGUGAAGCCGGUGAACCGGGUCAUAAGGGGGAGCGAGGGCUGGAUGGACCUAGAGGAGAAAUGGGGCCACCAGGUCCGUCAGGGCCUACAGGCACUGGAUUUUCCAAGUUGGAUUUAGGGGACUAUGGAAUGCACGGAAUCAAGGGAAUCCCAGGAGAGCCAGGAGAAAUGGGACCACCCGGAAAAUCUGGACCAAUUGGUGAACCUGGGGUACCUGGUCUACCUGGGCUUGCUGGACCAAAGGGAGAGAAAGGAGAUGGAGCGGCGGGAUCUGACGGAGAACCAGGAAUCCCUGGUAUGCGAGGUCAUCCUGGAGAGGUGGGCCCUGCAGGACCUCAGGGCGAGCGUGGCUUGCCAGGACUGGCGGGCUUUACCGGACCAAUGGGACAGCAGGGACCCCCAGGCCCGGUGGGCCCACCUGGCAGAGAAGGUCCUGCUGGUCCGAAGGGUAAUUCUGGGUCACACGGACAUGGCGGCCCACCUGGACCACCUGGUGCUAAAGGUUUAGAUGGAGAGCCAGGCAUCCAAGGUCCACAUGGCAUUCAGGGUCUACCAGGGUUCAAAGGUCAUAAGGGUGAUUCAGGCUCUCCCGGACCAACGGGAAGUCAGGGUGAGAAGGGUGACCAGGGAGAACCUGGAGGUUCUGGAAAACAUGGGGAAGCAGGCGCCAAAGGAAACAAAGGAGAGCCGGGUGUAUCAGGGGAUCCCGGGAGCAGAGGGGCUGAUGGGAUCAAGGGUGACGUGGGUCCAUCAGGGCCGCCUGGAUCCAGGGGAUUUUCUGGUUUAGAUGGGUUACCAGGGCAACCAGGGAUCCCAGGUUACCCCGGGAAACCUGGAAAGGCGCCUUCAGAGGAGCAUCUUAUGAAGAUCUGCGCUUCUGUGCUGCAAAAUCAGCUGCCUCAGCUCCUGCAGGUGAUGGGACAACAAAGUUGCCAACACUGUGAAACCAAACAAGGGCCACCAGGUGAUCCAGGUCCUCCCGGCCUAAAGGGCCCACCCGGACUCCCAGGACAUCCUGGCACGACAGGGGAUCCAGGCUACCCGGGUUCACCAGGGAGAAGAGGACCAGAGGGGGUAAAAGGUGAUAUCGGGCCGAUGGGUAUGAAAGGUGCCAAAGGACAGGGUGACGUUGGGUUGCCAGGUACACCUGGCCCAGCAGGUUUGCAGGGCCCACGUGGGGAUGAUGGGGAGGGAUAUCCUGGGCCUCCUGGCCCCCCGGGCAAACCUGGCACUCCAGGCAUUCCAGGCAAACGUGGGUCUCCAGGAUCUAUGGGUGUUUGUGACCCCUCUUCUUGUUAUCAGUCGUAUGGUCUCCAGGACGAUCCUUUCAGGAAAGGACCUAACUUUUAGCAUCAGGGCGAUGGGAUCUCAGCAUUGAUCUCAGCAUUGACCUCAAGAACUCUAAACCUCUAAAGAACUGGUCUUGACUUUAAAUAUGUGAUGAUGUGUGUUUUCUCAGACUUUUGUACUGUGUGAUGAGUGAAUCUCGUUUCUGACUGAUUUCCGACCCCAAAAAAGUGGUUCAUGCUAUAUUCCAA